CACUUUCUCGUUCGGUCGCGCAAGGUGGGGGUCAAGGUCUGGCAGUGCGCCUUCGAGCGCUUUGGUGAACAAAUUCCACGAGCUCUCGGACGGGGUAACAACGCGGGCUUCGAGUACAUCCUGAAGAACGCGCCUCGUUCCACGGCCGAUCUCAAGCAGCUGGCAUGGCAGACGAAGGCUCUGAGCGGCCUCGCGUCGGAGGGCGCGCUUGCGAAGACUGAGUUCAAGUGGCAGAUCGCUCUGACGGGGGAGCACUUCAAGCCGUGGGUGCUCAACGUGAUGUCGGAGAUCAUGGACUCGCUCGGCUCCAUCGUGCUUAUUUGCGAGCCGCGUGCCAUCGGCGACCAGAUGUACGACCCCAGUGCGGUGAGGAAUGCCUGUUGGCCUUCCGUGAAGUUCGACGACUUCUUCGACCUCGUCAGACCAGCCUUCCACGAGAAAGCCUCCCGCGCUUGCGUCAUGGCGUUCAUGAAGCGCGGGGGGUUCCUGGUGAACGCGAAGGAUCACGCGCACUGGCGCGCCCCAGGGACCCAGGAGGCCGACGUCCAGCGCAAGUCGAUCUGCGGCCUAGACGAGUACUUAACCGCAGAGGGCAAGCGACUGCACGGGCUGUGGACGACGGGAAAUCUCACGGCGCCGCCAAACAUUGAAGAGUUGUUGCAGAAGGAGCAGACCUUCGUGGACAACGCUUUCAAAGCCAGGGCAAAGGCGACGGCCGCCCCUCCGCGCGCCCAGAUCGCGGUGAAACGGGAAGUGGAGUCUCCCGAGACAAGGAGGUUCAGGACGUUGGCUUCCUUCUCGGGGACGCUCGACAUCGACAGCUCACCUUCCCCCGCGAAGCGGCAGGCUGCGGCGGCGUCUUCGUCGUCUGCUCUCGCCGCCCCAGCCCGCGGCGAGCUUGAGGCCGACCUCUCGCAAAUGUUGGGCGCAGAUGGCGUUGGCCCUGACCUGGAUGAGGAGGCGGGCGCAGCGGACUUCCUCGGGUCCAAGCGCAGGGGCGGGCGCAGGGCGGGCAAGGAGGCGCCGCGCAGGAGGCCCGCCGCCGCGCCCACCAUGCGGAAGCCGUCCGCAGCCCCCAUGCAGAGGCCGUCCGCGGCCCCCAAGAAGAAGUCGCCCAGCGUGCCCUCCUUGCCGCCGGCGGUACUGGGGGGUGGUCGCUUGGUGUCGACCUCGCACAAGAGCAAACUUUUCUCCGUGGAGAUGCCCUCGUUUGCCGAAGUGGCGGUGAUGAGCGACGCGGACGUGGGCCGUGCUUUGCGCGAGGAGAACGGCGACUUCAGAUGCUGGGUCAAAUCGCGCCGUUGCACCACGAGCGCGCGGGCAUUUACGCCGCUGCUGAACACGAGCCUGACGACCGCGGACUACUACAGCUGUAUCUGGGUGAUUGGUUGCGGGGUCGACCAGGCGCAGACUCACCGCGUGACUGGCGUGUCCAGGAAGAAGGUCGAGCUGCUCGUGCCGCGCAUCGCGGAGGCCGCUGCGUGGAAGUCGAUGCAAGCUGCCGACAACUUCGAGAAUUCCAUUGGCGAGGUGGAGAUGGGCGCAUUCGCCUGCUCGGUCCGCCGCGCUGGCAGCGCCACCCAGGACGUGCACGUGGGCCGCGGGAUCAUGGUUGCGGAUCGCGCGACUGGCACGCGCGCGGUCUUCCCUGCGAAGGGCGCGGCACUGCAGAAGGGCGCGCCGCCUCCGCCGGAGGACGCCGAGGACGUCGCCCCUGCCAUGGCGAAGAUUGAUCGGGAGCGCUGCCUGCUUAACACCGAUGGCGCGCAGAUCUACGAGAAGAAGGCAAAGGCCGCUGGCAUCCUGCCCAAGCCCGAGAAGAUCGGGAUCAAGAGCUCGCGGGCGGCCUUGGCCAAGAUGUGCGCCAAGGGCCCCAUGAAGAGCAAGAAGGGCCCCAUGAAGACCGCGAAGAGCUCCGAGGCCGCCAAGUGCGCCAAGGGCCCCAUGAAGAGCGCCAAUAUCGGCGUCGUGAAGGGCAGCAUGCACAAACGCAGCUACCUGGGGAAGCGCAACGAGAGCAUGCGCACGCAGUCCCAGCUCUUCUACGAGAACACGCCUGGCUUGACCCCGAACCUGAAUGCCAUGGGGGAGUUCACGAAGUUGUUCCUCGACUCCUGCGACCCGCGGCAACUGUUCGGGAAAGGGAACUGCCAGGUGAUCCACAAGCAGCACUGGCGUGACAUGUCCGCGUGCGAGGACCUGGAGACGGCGACCGAGGGUUGGUUCUGCCGCCCUCUGCCUGCCCCCAUGGUGACGGCCGUUCUCCCCAAGGGCGAAUUGGAGCCAUUCCUUGAACUCGCCAACGACGCCGGGGAGAACGAGAACCCUCUCGUUCACUACAUCGAUUCCAUCGCUGGUUACGCAGACCCGAUUCCCCCCGAACUGGGCGAGAAAUACAAGGCGGCGUGGAAGGACAACGACUACCACCAGCUCCCACCGCCGUUCGGCUUCAAGUCGGCGCCACCCAGCCACAUGACCAUGCAGAUGUGCAUCUUCGACGGCCCCGACGGCACGAAUAACGUCAUCAAGCAUUGCAUCCUGCCCAACAAGGCGAAGGCUGCCACAUUCGCCAGCAUGGCGCUCGGGGGCGUGAAGAAGCUCGUUCCAGCACCCCAAG